AUGCCGUACAUUAUAGUACGGGGUAACCUAGCGGCUUACGGUCAAAGAUUUCCAUGGCGAGUUUUAGUUUCUGGCUUGAAAACUGACGAUAUAGAACAGUUGAAACGAUUCGCAUCGGGUGGAUAUUGUGAUGACACGACUAUAGUGUACAUGGUACAUCCCUGUGUUAUGUUAACAGCGUUAGAAGUUCUAGGUUACAGAGUAGUCGCUUCAUCAUCAACCAGUGUAAAACAAGAUUAUAAUGAAUAUAUGUGGACUAUGAGAAAAGAUUUUUCUGAACCAGAGCCCCUAAGUAACGAAAAGUUGACUGAUUAUAAAAUAGAACAUAAAUUGUCUGCCCCAGAAGAAGUAUAAACAUACAAAACAUGGAUAUACCUACAAGUGUACUAUUGGCUACUACCACUUAUGCCUAUGUGGUAGUUAAAGGAUCUAUAUACGCUUCGGACAGUGCUGUUUUUGGUCUAAAUGAAAUAGAGACAAAGGCUUUGGUAAAGAAGUUUUCAAAUUCACAAAAAGAUGUUAUAAAUGGAGUUUUAUUGAAAGCUCCACCUUUAGACAUUGUGAAUGCCUUGGGGCAAUUGGGAUACAGAGUUGUUGCAACUACUGGUGAAGCUGAAGUUGUGUGGACAUUACAAAGAGAGGUUUAGCUCUAGUUAAUACUAGAUCAAGUCAAUUUCAAUAUUUAUCAAAGUUUUAUUAUUUUGUCACACAUUUUGUUUAUACUCGAAUAUAAUUUAAUUUGAAAAAAAGUAUGAUCACCUUUUAAAUACACCUACAACAGUUUGUUAUCAAUUUGCAAAACAAUUGUAAUUUCUCAUUUAUUAUAAAACAUGUGAUUGAUGUUAAAUGAUACAUAUUAAAUGCAAUAAUUUUUAGAUUUUCAAUACGCUUGGAGUAGUUUUUAGUGCUAAUAAAUACUGAUUUUAAUCUAUGUACCAUAAAUAACUGAAUGCUCAUAUCUUUUGAGUCAUAUACCAUUUUCUAUUUAUACAAAAAUGUAUACAAAAUAUUCAAAUUAUUUUAUAUAUUUUGAAACUAUAGAAAAAAUUAUAUUUUUAACACAUAUUUUCUUAUGCUCUAUAAAUACCUCUAAAUUUUUAUUAAGGUGAUUGUAAUUUAUAAAUGGUAUCCAGAAACUCUCCUGCAACAUGUAAGUUAUAGGUUCUAGAUAUAGUUUUAUGUUCAUCGAACUUAUAUUAUUUUUAUUCAAAUUGACUACUAAAGAAAUUAGUGCACUUUGAGGCUUUUAACCUACCUGCCAUUUCAUGCUAAUAUGAAAAAUCAUUUAUUAUUUACCAUUAAUAACAAAAUAUUGAUAUUUAACAUAAAAAUAUUAAUGAAAGGUUCGUGUUAGGUCAAUUAACCAAUUCUUCCACCUUGAAUUAUUCAUACAAAAUUAUGUACUAUUAAAACAUAUAAAUAUAAAA